AUAUAAUAAUAUAGCAGUUUAUCUCUAAGUUACAAUAACUAUUUGUUAAAGUAUACAAACAGUUCCAUUCAAAAGAACAAAGUCCGAGAGCAGAGAGAAGAUUUUUGAAACUAUACACGCAUAUGUGGGGUUUAAAUUUGGUAUUAGUAAUUUUAGGGUUCGACCGAAAAUGUUGGUCGGUUAUAGGAUGUUAGAAGUGCAGUAGGGUCAGUUUCAGACGAAUUAAGCAUAAAUGACUUCAUUGCCAUGCCUGAAGUGGUUUGUAAAUGGGCCUUUGUUAGCCCCAAGCGUUUUGGUCCCUCAUUCCUGCCACUCAGCAUUGCCUACUGUAAAGUAGACAUUUUUCUAAGACAAUAGAGAAACUGACCUUGUCUCACUAAAUUCCCCUAAAUUCAACCACUUGCCAUAAUAAAAAUACUAACAACCAAAUAAAGUUUUUUAAAUAAUUAUAUACAAUAACCAAAGAAUAUUUCCUCAAGUUUACUUCUAGUUAACUAAUUCGUGGUUUAAACUCUUAUUUCAUUUAUGAUUAAAGGAAUGUAAAAUAAAACUUAUUGUUUCAUUGAAAACUUAUUGUUUCAUUGAUUAAACAUUAUGGGAAUCAUUCAGGCUGCCCAAUAAAGGUGUCGUGUCACAGUGUCACAUAAUCACCCAGCAAAUUUUAUCAAAUAACGGAGUAGUUCGCUGUUUAUUAGUCUCAUGAUUGAAAUACUGAUAGUUGGAUAAUAUCCGGUUGGAAGAGACAAGGACAAGUGAAACAAGGAAGUUAGGAUUGAAGGCAAAUUUUCGGCGUCAACGCCAUCUUCAGGCUAAAAUUGGUACAAAUGUUAGUAUAUAAUUAUUUAAAAUGCUUCUAUACUAGUUAAAAUGCUAAAUUAAAAUUACACACACUGAAUACAGGUUACAUCAAAUGGUAUUAUAAUUUAUAUAUUACAUUGAAAAAACACAUUGAAACUCAAGAAUGUGUAUGAUAUUACAGAACCACGACACCAUAUAAUACGCAGGUAUUUUGGUAAGGACGAAUAUUCUCGAUCUGGGAACAUUCCAACGGCGAGCCAUCAUGUUACAUAAAUUAGUUACAUAUAUCAAAGCAUACAAUUUCUUAUUCGCAGUAUAGUAGUAGGGACCUGUUAUGUGUACAGUUAGCGAUAUUUGUAACUGUUUAUCAUAAACAUAUGACAAAGAAUGUAAGCUCAAUAAAAUGUAAUUCAUAUAUAUGCUCUACUAAUGACAAACUAGAUGUUGUUCACCGCAGACAUCUUCGCACUAUUUUGAAUAUAAAGUACCCAGGGGUCAUCUCCAACAAAAACUUGCAUUAUAAACGCUGCAAUGCUGAACCAUUGUCAGAAAAAGUGGCCCGUAGUCGGUGGAGAAUGUUAGGACAUGUUUUGCGGGGUCCUAUUGACGGACCAGCGUUUUCUUCCCUCAUUUUUGCCAUCAAUACACUGGACUUACCAGGGAGAAGAGGAAGACCCCAAAGCAAUCUAUUCUCGCUGAUUGUACAUGAUUUAUGUAAAAGAAAUCUUUAUUCGAAUAAUAUCUUUGACCUGCAUUAUCUCCGUAAUUAAGCUUAUAACAAGAGAUAUUGGCGGAAAUUACAACGAAGUUUUAGAUUUUUUGUUUUUGUUUUAGGGAAAGAUUAGACUUGGGAGUUGUUUUUAACUAUCCCUUGUUUAGAACUUCAUAAAAUAUGCUUUACUAAAAUGUUGGUCUACUUCAAAAUUAGUCGCCGAAAAAUUUAGUCACAUGAAAUUUGGUUUACAACAAUUUUAGUCAAAAGUUUGACUAAAUUUAUGGUAGACUAAAUUUGUCGUUCUUAAGGUAUCUAGAUACUGCCAUACUUUGGUGGGAGGGAUGACACUAGAUACUUUAGUUUCAUAUUGAUUAUCCAUUUUGUUGUAUUAGUUACAUAAGGGUGUACUGUAAUUUGCGAAUAUUCAAAUUUUCUUUAUCAAAAUUUACUUUGGACGUUUUUUUCAGAGAUGGAUGAGAACAUAGAUUUUGAUGAAUUUAUGGAGGUAGAUGAAAUUUGUGAAGAUGAAAAUGUAGUUAAAAUACAAGAUACUUCUGUGGAGGUAAUCAAAUCAAGUCCUAAUGAUAUUCAAUCAUUUAAUACAGACACUGCUAAAGACCUCAAAGAAGGCUCUAUAGUAACAGAAUGUAUAGAUAAAGCUCCUUCAACAGAAUGUAUAGAUAAUGUUCAAUCUACCAGUUCUAAAAGAUCUCACUCAAAACGAUCACAACCUCACUACAAAAGAUCUCGCUCUCGCUCUAAAGGCUCAAGAUCUCAUACUAGGAGAUCGAGAACUAGAAGAUCUCACUCAAAGAGAUCAAAGUCAAGAUCUAAGAGAUCAAAGUCAAGAUCUAAAAGGUAUAGAUCAAAAUCUAGGAAAUCAAAAAGGUCUAGAUCAAAAUCCCGAGAAAAUCGAAGCAAGUCACCACUUAACAGACAUACAAUUUCUAAAGACAAGAGUUCUGAUGAAAAGGCCACUGAUGUAAUUUUGAAAGAAGACGAUACAAGUUCUAGUAAAGUAGAGACAGAAGUUCAACAAAAUUACAUUCCUCUCUCCGGAAAGGAACAGAAAAAUGCUCCAGAGAAGAAUCAGAGAAAGAAAUCCUUGUCAUACGAAAGGAGGAGAAAGAAAAGUACAAGAGAAAAGUCUGGGAGAUCAAGAAGUCGAUCUCACUCUAAACGAUCUUCAAGACACUCAGGAAAGAGGAAGAGACACCGUUCAAAGUCGAGCAGUAGUAGUAGCAGUAGAUCACAGAGUCCGAAAUUGAAGACAUCCUUUAAUCCGAAAAGGCGGAGAACAAAUUCACCUCUGUCUGCCAGAAAACGACACAUGGGAUCCAGGAAAGAUCCUCCACCAUCACUCUCUAUCGUCGUAUUUGGACUCCCACUCACGUUUAGAGAUGCUGACCUUACAAAUUUGAUUCCUGCUAAAGAUUCCACUCUUAGCCCAACAUCAGCCUCAAUCAUUAUGGACAGGCAAAGUGGUAUAUCAAAAAGAUUUGGUUUCAUGAACUACACUUCAGAAGAAAAUGCUAAAAGUGCCCUAAACUUUCUUCAAAGUGAAUGUGAAUUAAUAAAAAAUUCGUGUGAAAUUUCGUGCAAGUUUUCCAUAACACAAAGAGCACACUCCCCCACACCUAACUAUUACUUAGGAUGUAAGAAAACUCUAUCAGAUCUACGUAACCUACAACCAACUGUCAGUCAGAAAUGAGUAUUAGCUUUACUUGGUUAUUUACUUUGGUUAUAACCAAAGUAUAACCAAAGUAUAACAAACGUAUAAAUACGUUUAGAAGUUUGUAAUUGCCGUUCAGAUCCUUGUUUAACGUUUAUUUAUUUUUCAUCCAAGUUUGUCUUUCAUAAUUGUGUUUCCUAUCUUACUUAUAAAUCAAAGAAUUAUAAGAGGUUCAGAUUGCCAUACUCAAAUAUCAGUGUUUCGUUAAUCUGAUAAAGUGCAGGUAUUAAAUUUCUCAAACUAACGUAAUUUGAUGGACACUUUGCAAGAUCAGAUAACUAAGAUAAGAAAAUGAUAAGAGGUAAAAAUACGUGGAAAUACCUGGAAAUUCUGACACAUCUCCAUCUGCAAGUCAGUAUAAACCCCUCCAGUUGCAGUAUUAGUUCAGAAACGUGUAGCUUGGGUUCAUACUGGUGUCGCCAAUUGUUCUAACAACUUUUAAUGUUUCUUUUCUUCGUUGCACGAGGGUUUUUAAAUUAUUAAUAAAUUUAUAACAUGGUAUUUUAUGUUUUUUGAUGCUAUAUAAUCUUGAAAUAAAGUUCGUAUUUUAACAAAAGUUGCAUGUUUAUAA